AUGAUCGAGCUACGGGAUGCCAGAAGCUUUGAGGGGGGCGAUGCCAGUCCCACGGCACCUCGGAAGGGCGUGAAUGCCACGGCUGUCCUGGCGUGCACGUGUAUCUUCAUGAUCUACGUGCUGCAAAUGGUGGGGUUGGCCAAGAUCUCACCCCACAACACCCAGGACACGGUGAGCGUGACCUGGCCGUGGCUUCGAGAGCGAUCUGUCCUGCGUGCGUACUAUGCGAUCACCGAGAUCGCCUACCUACCUUCUUUCGCCUGGGGACUGGUGGAGUGCUUGCGGUCGGCCGCUGUUGACCUCCGGAUCCAUGCCCGGUCUUGGUCGGAGUACACGAAGCUGAUGGCAAGCCUCACACUUCUCUGUUUCUAUCAACUCGCUGCCCGCAUCCUCAUGGAUAGCAUGGCGCGGGACUACGUCAACGGUGUCAACUUAAACGACCCGAUGGCGGUUCUCGGGUUUGUGACAGGCAGCGCCCUCUCCUGGCUGAUGCAGUGCCGACUCUUUGCCUACGCCGACCACAUCAUGGGCAGCCGCAGCCGAGGCUGCUGCCGGCGGGCACGGGGCGUGCCGGUCGAGGAGGACAAGCUUUGGGAACCGCCCCCCAUGGCCUGCGGGUGUGUGGCUGCUGCCGCGUUGCUGAUUGGUCUGCGUGCCUACCACAGCGGAGUCCUGCUGCUGUUUCACAAGGCCCCCCACUGGCUCUCGACUCUGGCACGAUUCUCGCGCAUCCUGUACCGUUUUCUGAUGGGUGGCGCGCACUUCCUGCGUGCUCGAGCCUACUUGAAGCAGCCCCUCAGCAAUCGUCUCAGCGGCCAGAUGAGGAGCAAUAUGGCCACACUGAGCCAGAUGAUGGUGGUUGCCAUCGUGCUUGGCACUUCGACUGACCUGCUGGUGGUGGCAAGGGGGGUCGUGGUGCCGAACCAGUUCUCCCAGGAUUUCACAGAUGCCGAGAUGGACACCCUGAAUGACCUCUUCACGCAAUGGCUGCCGGUCACCCUGCUCAUUACUGGCACGAUCGACAAGCGGGCACCCCAACCUCACAUGAACGACCUGCGGGCCUGCGGCUUUACGAACGGCCUGGUGCUCUUCUUCCUGUACUUGGGCACGCUGCUCUUUGGAGCCUGGGGGGCUCGCGCCAUCCUCUUCGCCUCCACGCCGGCGGCCCGCAAGGUCGCUGAGCUGGGGGGAGGCCCCCUGGCCCUGGCCAAGGCAGGUGCGGGCAUGAUGUACUUUGCCAUGCCGGUGCUCUUUGUAACGGUCCUUCCAUUCAUGGUCAACCUCGUGCACAAGGCCACGAACGUUUCCGUGCCGAUGUGGCCCGGCGAGGGCCUGACGUUCAUCACGUACCACCGAAAUGCAGCGCACCUCUUCGUGCUAGCUUUGCUCUUGCAUGCCGCCGGACACAUCUGGUCCUUUGCCAAGGCGGGGAGCGUGGAGCGGUACACCACGAUCCUGUGGAAGGGGGACCGGUAUGCUUGGCUGUGGCCAUGGGCAACGGGAGUUCUCCUUGUCUUGCUGGGGCUCAGCCUAUACUUAUCUUACUGGGCAAUGAAGCGACAAUGCUACGACUUCUUCAUCCGGAACAAGCGCGUCUUGGGGUCCUCGCUCUUGGUGCUCGCAGGAAUUCACGGCUUUACCGGCAACUUCGGCCCGCCGCGGCUCUGGUGGUUCAUGUCCCUGCUCUUGUGCCUCUGGCUCAUUGACCGGACGGUGAAGAGGUCAAGGGCCAGCCAGAUCAGCUGCCGCCAGCAGGUCCUCAAGAUGCUCAACGCGCAGGGCCGCUUCAAUGGAGCCAUCCUCGUGCUGAGGUCGGAAGACACCUUCCUCGAGGCCGAGCCCGGCGCCGUGCUCCUUCAGGUCGUGGGCGUGAAUGGCCGUCACCCUCUGACGCAGAUAGCCUACCCAGCGCCAGGAAGCCGCCGCUGGCAGGUGGAGUACCACAUCCGCCUGCAGCCCAACGCCGAGAAGCAGAACUGGGCCCACCGCCUCUACGACCACGCCCGUGCCCGAGAGGGCACGGAGGAGGCCAUUCAGCUGGAGGUGGCUGGGCCCAUGAGCUCCCUGGGCACUUUCGGCCAGGAGGAGCUGCUUAGGGACGUGCACCGGCUCCUGUUUGUGGCUAUCGGGGUUGGCUUCACAGGCUGCGUGCAUCCCUUGUUCCACGCCUUCGAGGCUGGCAUCCCGGCGGAGGCCAUGCGCCUCUGCUGCCGCACCCCCUCCCCCGCCUACGCGGACGCGGUGGAGCCCGUGUGUGCCGCGUACGGCCUGCGCCGCGGGGAUCAGCUGAAGAUCUCCAUCAGCGAGGAGACUGCUGGUGGAAGGGCCGACGAGCAGCAGAGCCGGUCGCAGUGGAGCAAGAUGCUAACAUCGGAGGUGGAUGCCCUUUCACGUGAGGGGAAAGGUCUGGUCCUCCUCUUUGUCUGCGGCCCAUCUCCGGCGGUGCAAGGUGUGCAGAAUCUGUUCCUGGAAGACAUGCGGGUUCGAAUGAUUGCCGAGGCCUUCGGGUAG